AUGGAUUGCUUGGAGAAGCUCCUCCCCUGUGAAUCAUACUUGAAGCCUCCAGUGUCACCACCGUCGUCAUGUUGUGUUCCAUUGAAGGAGAUGAUUAAGGAUGACCCGAAUUGUUUGUGCUCUAUCUUCAACGACGUCGACCUUUUAAAGAGUCUCAACGUAAGCCAGAGUGAUUUACUGGAGCUUCCAAAAGCAUGUGGAGCCAAUGUUGAUAUAAGCAUUUGCAGUAAGGCAGUUGCCCCUAUCACAAACUCACCAGCAACUGCAUCUAACGGUUCUUCCUCGAGCAAGUCCACCAAUAUUCCAGCUUCUAAGAGCUUAGCUUUUGGGAUCUAUCUUUCUGGUGCAUGGGGCUUCUUUGCUAUAUUUACAUCUUUAGUUUUGUUAGUAUUCUAG